AUGCGCACGGCGGAGGCCGUCAGGUGGUGCGGCGGCUGUGGAGGCGCUCGGUGAGCGGUGAGAGCGCUUCGUCUGUGUGGUCGUUCCCAUACGGCCGUUCCCCAAACCCCUCACCGCAGGCUGUGGUGCGGGAGGCGGCUGCUCCUCUAGCCCCUCCAACGGCGGCCUCCCUGAGGUAUUUGCACCAAGAAGUAACAUACAGGGGUGCGAGUACGCAGCUGAGGAAAACAUGCAGGCCGACUCAAUACCAGAAGAGCUUCAAACCAGUGCCAUUUUCAUGCUGCCCUGAGGAGAAUCAACUGACUGUGGUGAUCUGGUGUUUAGCCACAGUGGCUUGUGGUAGCACCAAGCAUCCUGUGAAUCUCAGCACUGACAAGAUCAGCUGAUGGCAACGAGGAACACAUGUAGAAGCCAGGAACUGGUUUUGCAACAAUGAGAUGCUUCACCCACCCACUGCUUAGGAGGUUGUUGGGUCUCUCAGCUCAGUCUGUGCCAGGGGGACUGAGUCAAAGUAAAGGUCCUAUCUGCAGUCCCAAGUGGUCAUCUCUGAGGCAGAGCUGCACUGCAAGACCUGGGCUGGUGACUGCCACUGAUGCGGUCAACUACUGGCAGAAGGUGUUUGAGAUAAAUGGGAUCCCUGAAGCACGAGAAUCCAGUGAAUAUAUUGUGUCUUUUGUCUUGGGAGCAAAAACAUUUCAGAGCUUGAACUCCAAAAGCCUCUAUACUCCACUUACGGCACUGCAGCAGGAGCAAAUUCAGCAGCUGAGCAACAAACGACUAGAAAGAAUGCCAGUGCAGUAUGUGCUGGGUGAGUGGGACUUUCAGGACCUGACUCUGAAGAUGAGACCUCCAGUAUUUAUUCCUCGGCCUGAAACAGAGGAUCUUGUCUCUUUAGUUGUGGAAGAGGAAUCUUGGAAAUGUGAGAAGAAUUCAGACCUCCGCUUCCCAGUGUCUGUCCCUCAUCCUGUGAUCCUGGAGAUUGGCUGUGGCUCUGGAGCAAUUGCUCUGAGUCUGUUGUGCAAACUGCCACAGAGCCAGGUGAUAGCUGUGGAUAAAGAGAAGACUGCUGUGGAUCUCACCAGGGAGAAUGCACAUAGAGUUUUCAAAGUGUUUCAUGGUAACUACUCUUACCUGUGUCUGCAAACUUUGGAAACUCAAGGUAGCAGGCUGCAACUCCAAGACAGGAUCCACAUCCUCCACCAUGAUGUUUCACACAGUUCUGCCAAGCAGCUGCUACUCUGGGGCCCCUUAGACUUCAUAGUCAGUAACCCUCCAUAUGUCUUCCAUGAAGACAUGGCUUCCUUGGAUGCAGAAAUCCUCUGCUAUGAGAACCUCGAUGCACUGGAUGGGGGAGAUGAUGGGAUGCGAGUCAUCAAAACAAUUCUGGCUUUGGCUCCUUCUCUUCUGAAGGAUUCUGGGAGUGUGUUUCUGGAAGUUGAUCACAGACACCCAGAUAUGGUGGAAAACUGGCUACGGGCACACCCCAACUUACUACUUGUGCUUCGUGCCAUUCACAAGGACUUCUGUGGCAAGCCUAGGUUUCUGCACAUCCAAAAACAAAGCAGAUGACAACAGUACCAGAAAUAUCUCUUCUUGCAGUAUGCUUUUAGCUGGUGAGCCCUGCUGAACAGCUUGUUGAACACUCAACGUGGCAGAAGAAAUCUUUACUUCUAUCCCUAGUGCGUUGGACUCUCCAUGCAGUGGUAGAGCCUCCAGUUCCUGAUACAGACUUAAUCCAGAGAGACAGAAGUUUGGCAGAGCAUGUAGAAGUGUUUCAGCUUCUUCAGAGAACUACAUACAAGUUUUUAGCUUGUUCUGCUAAAGUGACUCAUUGAUCUCAGGACCCAAUAUGGAAGAGUUCACAGCUCCAGAUACCUCAUUGCCGUGAUGGCAGAUUUCAAAGAAAUACAUUAAAAAAAACAACUUCUCAACAUAUAAGUUCAACCGUUUGACCUAGAAGGAAUUUAGCUUUUUUUUUUUUUUUUUACCUUGAGACAAAUUUAUAGAGAAUGUGACCAGAUUGGGUGAUAAAUACAAGUUCUGUCUUAUAUUGACACAUGGAUUUGCAGGUAUAAUGGGACAUAACUAACCUGCACAUUUCAAAUUCAGUUCUGCUCCAGGAUCAUGAUGCUCCAGAAUAGAUCUCCAACAGCAACACUGCCUUUGUUUCCCAGUCCUGCUGAGUGAGAUGUCAUUGAAGGAUCAGUGCAUGUGUUACACCAUAUGAAUCUACAGUACCCGAUACUUUGUGGGUGCUGCCAGAAGCAAUCAAAACACUGUAAUAAAGAUUGUGCUUCAGAUCAGUGUCCUUA